GCCAUAUUCGUACCUCUUGCCUCGUCCGCCUCGUCCGCCUCUCCAUUCACGUUUCAGUCACAGGACACACGCGUUGAGAUUUUCAUGUCCCAGAACCUGUUUUCAACCUGAAGACUGCAACUGACACACUGCACACCACCAGAACCCCCCCCCGAAACUCUGCACCCUCUAGGCCUGACUCAUAAUACAUGAUCCAUUGCCCAGGGCUGUCCCUUGAGUAUUUCCACCACCACCAGCACCAUUACUACUACUCAUACCAUCAUCAUUACCAUCAUUGCUAUAAUCACCGCCACGACAAAAUUACCUCUUCAACUCCAAUCCACUGCUGUCAAUUGACGGCGGAUGUGAUAACCAUACUGUCCGAUUAGCGUCUGUGUGCCGUUGAAAUCGGGCUCCCAUUUUUAGGCUUUCUUUGGGCCUGGCAUAAUCCACAUGCAGGCUCUGGCCGUCCCUUCCUACCCCGCGGCUCCACCCUCAUCGGAUUCUUGCAACCGUCCACAAUCCACACACACGAACACACCACACACCGUCACAAGUCGCAGUCCAAGUCCCGACCACACACCCUGGUCAGUGGCAGACUAACCAACUGCGGACUACAACCUGAAAGUUGUUUUCCCAGGUGACUUCCACUACUUUGUAAAAGUCUCUCAGCAUCCUCACCGCAGUCACCACCUCCACCUCCACCACCCAAACAAAACACCCACACUUGCUCAACUCGUCCCAAUUCAGUUGCCCUCGACCAACCCCUGGCCCUUGAGGCCUCCAAGAGUCCAAGACUCAUUCCAUCCACACCCUCUGGCGCCUCUGGACCAGGCCACUUGUUAGUCUCGCAUCCCACGGUCGCCUUCAUCAUUGGCUCGGUUAGCAUCCCUUGAACUAACGAAACCUCAAGGCUAUCGCUUUCAGCCUGCCUCUGUGCAGGUUGAACGCGGUAAUUCCUUGACCAUAUCCAAUCUCUGAUGGGGUCAUCUUCUAGAAGCCACAGCCACCACACUCACAUUGACAUUACACACGUUCAAUCGCGCUCACCAACUCCCUCCUCUAACUCUCAAGACGACGAGCUCCUCGAGAACGACGGCGUCGACGUCAGUGCCGCCGAAAUAUCCCCCCAUUACUCCGUCGUCCCCUCCGCUCAAAGCCAGAGUGGCUCUUCCUCCGUGCCUGGUGGAUUUACCGUCGUCUACCCAAGCGAACUCGAGCCAGAAGGAGAUGGGGCAGACUCUGCCUCGAGGCUAGAUCACCGCGAACGACCUCAACAACGUGCCUCUCGCUCCAACUCGGCGCGACGCAGGACCAUCGCACGACCCCAAGCAAUCCGUGAUUCCGCUGCUCGAAGCCGAACGAGAGAAUUGCAGGAUAGGUCUCCCACCGAGAGCGGUGACUCGACUGAAGAGUUCCUCGACCGUCCUGGCCCAUAUCCACACAUGGGGUCACAAUCCCAAUACGCCCCUCCCGGCUAUCCUAAUUCAGAUCCUUCAACCUUUGCGUAUCCAAGAAUGCGACAAACCACCAUGGUUCCCGUCCCACCACAGCAGGUUGCUGUCCCAUACCAUAAUCAAUUCGCUCACGGCCAGGCCCUCGCCUAUCCCCCACAGCCGAGCUAUGCUGGUGCGUAUGGUCAUCAUGCUCCCUCUCAAGUCAGUUCGCCAUACACCUCGCCAUAUCAUGCCUCUUCCAUCGCCAACUAUGUCGCCCCGGGUGCCGGUUACUUCCCCCAACAAUAUCCUCCCCAAUACCCCGCCCCCUUCCCACAACCAUACAUGCAGUACGGUCAGCAAAUGCCGGCCCCAUUUCCCUACCCAGACUACCGUUAUCAACCUCGAAAUUCUUCUCCCGGCCCUGCUUCUGCCAAUACAUCUGCCGACAAGCUGGAGAAGCCCAAAGAACCCGACCCAGAGGAGAUCUUCAAGCGAUUUGCAGACAUGAUGAAGGAGGAAAGGGCUCAAAUGGAGCUCACCAAGGAGCAGCAGGCCGUUGAGAGGGCCAAGGAAGAACAGCGUAUACGUGAACAGGCCCUCCGACAGCAAGAAGAGCGAGCUCGCCAAGAACAACUCCGCGAGGAAGAGGCCAAGCGCAUCCGCGAGCAAGCGCUUCUCCAGGCGGCCGAGAAGGCACGCGCCGAUGCCGCUGCUGCCGCCGCUCGUGCAGAGGAAGCAAGGCGAAUUCGCGAAGAGGCCAUCCUGGCCGCCGAAGCCAAAGCUCGUGCAGAUGCCGCUGCCUUUCAAGAACGACUUGCGGCAGAAAACCGCAUUCGGGAAGAAGCACGACAAGACGCUAUCCGCGCAUAUGAAGAUCAGGUGCGCAAAGCGGCCGAACAGGCGGCGAGAGAACAACAGAUUCGGAAUGAGGCCGCUGCCGCAGCUCUCAAGGCCGCCGCAGACGAAGCAGCCGCACGUGCAGAGAAGGCUGCUGCUGAAAAGAAAAUCGCCGACGACGCUGCAGCCGCAGCCAAGCAGGCUGCGGAGAGCGAGGCAGCUGCUGCCGCCGCCGCCGCCCAAGAUGCGGCUAAAAAGGUUCAAGAAGAGGCCGAUGCCAAAGUCAAGGAGGCCGAGGCAGCGGCAGCCAAGGCCAAAGCAGAGGCAGAGGAGGCCGAGAAGAAAGCGGCGGCGGCGGCUCCUCCCGAGAAGAAGGCUCCUGUCCGCUUCAAGGACGCUAUCGGGCGAAACUACAAUUUCCCUUGGGAGCGUUGCUGCCGAUGGCGGGAUAUGGAAGGCCUCAUCAAUCAGGCUUUUGCACAUAUUGACGGCAUAGGAGAGCAAGUCUUGAACGGCCGCUAUGACUUGCUUGGCCCAGACAAAGAGAUCAUUAUGCCCAACUACUGGGACUCUACCAUUGAGCCCGACAUGCACAUUACCAUGAUGCUUUGGCCUGUGCCAGAACCCAAGAAAGAAGACGAGAUCAUCGUGACGGACGACUUUGGACCGGACACCCUCUUGAACCUGGACGAGGUUCUGAACCCACCCAAGAAGAAAGGUGAGUCGCACCCACGACUUGCGGUUGGACCGACGCAUUCUAACCACAGCGUGCACGUAGGCAAGAAGAAAAAGCCAGGCGGACUUGCGAGUUGGAUGCUGGGAGGGGCUCCAAGUCGGCCACCGCGGUCUUUAAAAGGUGAAAAAAGGCCUGAUGUAGCCGCUGGAUCCCAGCACAGUGCCGCCGAACAACAGGGCGCAUGCACCGUAAUGUGAAGGGUCACUCUGGCAUCAGUUUCGACAAGUCCAAGGGGUUGUGUUGGGUGGGUGGAUUCCAUCGUCGUGGAAAAUCUGGGCGGCUCAGUCGACUUUUGAUUACUGCGGAAUUUGACCACAAACCAACGAUUAUUACCACGGUCUAUCAUUCCGGACCGUGGCUUCACUACCAAGACUUUGCGAAGCUGAUGACCGAGUGGCUCUGGCAUUGGCUACUUCAGGAGGCAUGGCUUUUCCUCUCGACAUCUUCGAGAUCGGUUUUUCAUGCCUUGGGGGAAUUGACAGUGGAAGUCUCUUUUGUUUUCGUGUACUUUGGCGGCAUGAUUGAUGAGCCAGCGGAUUGAGCGACACUUGUCUGGGAUUUCGAACACAUUUGGGAGCGCGAGCAAUGGGGUGACGGGCAUACGAGAGGGGCUGCGUUUGAAUAGGUUUGAAUGGAAUCUUGAUGGCCUUGCAGCGGGCAUUGCAUUGGGACAAUGACAAGGGUUUUGGGGAUCUCUUACCGGCGUUUGAUCGAUUAAAUACCCAUGCGUCUGGGACGGCUGACAUUUGACUCAAAAGCCUGGACAGCUAGUCACCUGGUGGCCGUGAGGACGAGGGCCAUAGACCCAGACUAGUACAGAUAUCCAUAUUCGAAUCAUUUGGAGGAUCUGUUGCUUGUUCAUUUAUUCAAUCUGCUAAAGAAGAAAAUUGUUGAAUUCAAAAUUACAGAUGAA